AACGUUUCCUUUUCUGUCUGCACGGUUGAUCAACGCAAGAAACGUUUGCAGUCUUUGCAGCAGUUAUUUUGCCAAGAAAUCGCGUUUUAUUUCACAUUUUGGAGUGAAUUUUGUGUUGUUUUGUCAAAAAGUUUCUGUAGCAAUCGUUUAAUUGAAAUUAGUUCUGAAGCGAACCGAUAUUUUUUCGGCACACCAGUCCGAUCAUGGGCGAUCUACCUAAACUUUCUCGCUCGAUGCGGGCCAACACAGAUUUGGACAUUCGCCGGGUGCUCAUCAGUCGGGCUGAAGACCGUCCCAAAAUACAGAUGUUUCGCAGCAAGGAGGCCAAAAGCGGUGUAUCUUGGAAGGAACUGAAGUUGUUCAUCAAUCAAAAGGUGGAUCCGAAAGAGGCGUCAGUAUUGACGAAUCAGUUACGUGACCUAUGGAAUCACUGUCGGGAAAUGCUUGGCAGCGAGGAGAAUGCCGUCUUAGUGGACGAAGCUGCCAUUUUCAUCCUGCGAUUGUUCAUGGACCAGAAGAUUGUCAUGUUGAAGCAUACCUCACGCAUUAAGAAGGUUUUUGGUCAGGUACCAAAUGCGCUUAUCAAUAAGAUGUGUGUGCUAGUUUCUACUAUGAGCAACCAUUUGAACGAAAACUGUCGUAAAUACCUAGAGGAAACAGAAAAAGAGAAUCAUGACUGCUCUGAAUCUGCUUGGGGAGGACAUAUUAAAUGCUGUAUGCCAAGUGGUCUAGAUGGAGAUGUAAGCCUGCUAACGGAUUUGACUCCUGUCCAGCCAUUAGAAAUGAAAUCUGCUGCACAUUUCUCUAUGAAAUACGACAGUAAAAAGGUUGAACAACAGCAACCUGGACCAAGCUCUUCAAAACCCGUGGACGAAAAGUACUCUCGAAGUUGGCUGACGAAACAAAUGUCGCCGGAUUUGAUAGACAAUCUGGUAGAGCUCCUCAAAUGUGGCAAAUCCAACGACGAGUUACAAGGAGAACUUUUUGAUUUCUUGGGUUUCGAUAAAUUUGAGCUGAUUGAGGAGCUGCUGCAAAACCGUAAGCUCAUCAUCGAACGUGUUAAAGCCAUAGCACAGAUAAACGUGUUCAAGGAAAAAGCCGCAAAGAAAUUAGAAGCGAUGCAACAUGCGCCUUCCUACUUAAUGCCUGUGAUGAUACAAUCUGAAUCAGAGAAGCAGUUGCGCAAGCAAGUCAAUAAAGAAGAGAAGAAGUUGAAAAAGUUCCUCAACGCAGUGGGCGGCGAGGAAGAGGAUGAAGAACUCGAUCCUAUGAAGAUGAGACUGAACUAUCAACAAAGUCUUCUAAUGGCAGCCCAAAUGGCACCCUUGUUGGACGAUAGGCCUCCUAGGAUCGUAGCCCCAAGACCCCCAACCCAUGUAAAGUAUCCAAACGUUUUCGAUUCAUAUAGCGAGGCUAAAGCACAUGUCGGAUUCAUUGCUGGUGGGAAACUCAUGCUUCCGGAUAAUGUUGAACGCAACGAUACUAAAGUUUACGAAGAGGUCAAAAUUCCAGCCACCGAGCCACCACCCCUGUCUAUUGGGAACAACCGAAUACAAGUCGGUUCUUUGGAUGAGAUCGGUCAAAUUGCCUUUAAAGGUUGUAAGGAGCUCAAUAGGAUACAGAGUAUAGUUUACCCAGCUGCAUACCAUAGCAAUGAGAAUCUUCUUGUCUGUGCCCCAACCGGUGCUGGUAAAACUAACGUGGCAAUGCUAACAAUCGUCAAUACCAUUCGGCAAUUUGUAGACCAAGGCGUCAUUCAUCGGGAUCAAUUCAAAGUAGUCUACGUGGCACCCAUGAAGGCUCUAGCGGCGGAAAUGACAGCUAAUUUUGGCAAACGUUUAUUACCCCUAGGAAUCUCCGUCCGAGAACUGACAGGCGAUAUGCAACUAACAAAAACCGAAAUGCAGCAAACCCAAAUGAUUGUCACAACUCCGGAGAAAUGGGACGUCGUCACUCGCAAAGGGGCCGGUGAUGUUGCCUUCAUCAGCUUGGUAAAGCUUCUCAUUAUCGACGAGGUUCAUCUGCUUCACGGAGAACGUGGCCCAGUCGUAGAAGCACUUGUUGCUCGUACCCUUCGGCUCGUAGAGUCUUCCCAGAGUAUGAUCCGAAUCGUAGGCCUAUCCGCCACUCUCCCCAACUACAUAGACGUGGCUCGCUUUCUGCGUGUAAAUCCGAUGAUUGGUCUGUUUUUCUUCGACUCACGCUUUCGACCCGUUCCGCUGAGCACCAACUUUAUCGGAGUGAAAUCGCUGAAGGCCCUCCAACAGCUAUCGGAUAUGGACAUUAUCUGUUACGACCGUUGCAUAGAUAUGGUUCGCCAGGGUCAUCAGGUGAUGGUAUUUGUCCAUGCGCGAAAUGCCACUGUGCGAACUGCAACGAUUAUCAAGGAGUUUGCUCAACAGAAGGGUCAUAUACAGCUGUUAACACCAGAAAGUAAUCCUGAGUACGGCAAUGCAAUUAAAGCAAUUUCCAAGAGCAGAAACAAGCAGCUGGUGGAAUUGUUUCAGAAUGGUUUGGCGAUGCAUCACGCUGGAAUGUUGCGGCAAGAUAGGAACUUGGUGGAGAAGUAUUUUGCUGAUGGAAUUAUUAAGGUCCUGGUAUGUACGGCUACCCUCGCCUGGGGCGUGAACCUCCCUGCCCACGCAGUUAUCAUCAAGGGCACGGAAAUAUACGAUUCCAAACAUGGUACCUUUGUGGACUUAGGCAUACUAGACGUUUUGCAGAUUUUUGGACGAGCUGGGCGACCCCAGUUCGAUAAAAGCGGCGUGGGAACGAUCAUAACGACACACGACAAGCUCAACCACUAUCUGUCACUAUUGACGAAUCAAUUCCCAAUUGAGUCAAACUUCAUCCAAUGUUUGGUGGACAAUUUAAAUGCAGAAGUUACGUUGGGCACGAUCAGCAAUGUCGACGAAGCCAUCGAAUGGUUGAGUUACACCUAUCUGUUUGUGCGGAUGCGAAUGAACCCUCAGUGCUAUGGGUUGAACUAUCAAGAUCUUCUGGACGAUCCAACGUUAGAGCGCAAACGUCGGCAGCUGAUCAAUACGGCAGCGAUGGCACUGGACAAGGCACGGAUGGUGCGGUACAACGAACGUACCGGGGAUUUGAACGUCACGGAUUUGGGAAGAACAGCAUCGCAUUUCUACAUCAAGUAUGAUACUGUGGAGGUUUUCAAUGAUAUGCUCAAGCCGAUAAUGAACGAAGCAGAUAUUCUAGCUAUGAUGUCAAACGCGCAGGAGUUUGAACAGCUGAAGGUGAGAGACGACGAGAUGGAUGAACUUGAUGAGCUAACGAGGAUUUGCUGUGAGGUUCCUGUUCGUGGUGGAAGCGAAAACAUUCAUGGAAAGGUGAACAUUUUGAUGCAAACGUAUCUUUCGAAAGGAUUCGUGCGAUCUUUUUCAUUGAUUUCCGAUAUGUCGUACAUUACGCAGAACGCUGUGAGAAUAGCGCGUGCAUUGUUUACAAUUGUUAUUCGACAGAACAAUCCUAUCCUGGCAGGAAGAAUGCUGAACAUCAGUAAAAUGUUUGAACGUCAGAUGUGGGAAUUCAUGACUCCCAUGUAUCAAUUUCCUAUACUAUCGUUUGAUGUGGUGGAGAAAAUUGAGCAACGUGGGCUAAGUGUAUUAGCGUUGAGAGAUAUGGAACUGAAGGAGAUAGGGGACAUGCUUCGGAAUCAUCGACAUGCCCAAGUUGUGAAGCGAUGCGCUGAAGAAUUUCCGUUGUUGGAAAUCGAAGCAUCUCUACAACCCAUCACAAGAACUGUGCUGAGGAUACGAGUGUUUAUCACACCUGCGUUCAAGUGGAAUGAUCGUGUACAUGGUAAAACGGCUGAAUCGUUCUGGUUGUGGAUCGAAGAUCCAGAAAGCAAUUUUAUUUAUCAUUCCGAAUAUUUCCAAAUGACCAAGAAGCAAACUAUGCGUCAAGAAGUUCAGGAACUGGUAAUGACCAUUCCAUUGAAAGAUCCCCUUCCGCCACAGUAUUACAUUCGAGCCACCAGCGACACAUGGUUAGGGAGUUCAAACCUCGUUCCGUUAUCGUUCAAGCACCUCAUUCUCCCGGAAGUACAUCCACCUCACACUGAGCUGCUGCCAUUACAGCCAUUACCUAUCACUGUGCUGAAUAACCGGAAAUUCGAAACGCUCUACAAUUUUACCCAUUUCAAUCCUAUACAAACACAAAUCUUCCACUGUCUUUAUCAUACGGAUAACAAUGUUCUGUUGGGAGCUCCCACCGGAUCCGGUAAAACGAUCGCUGCGGAAAUCGCCAUGUUCCGUGUUUUUAAAACACUCCCCAAAGGUAAAGUUGUUUACAUCGCCCCGUUGAAAGCACUUGUCAAGGAACGAAUCGAUGACUGGAAAAUACGUAUCGAACAGAAGCUGGGUAAAAAAGUCGUUGAAUUAACCGGCGAUGUCACGCCGGACAUCAAAGCCAUUCGGGAGUCACACGUCAUAGUCACAACGCCGGAGAAGUGGGACGGCAUUAGUCGAUCUUGGCAAACACGUGACUACGUGCGAGAUGUGGCAUUGAUCGUAAUCGAUGAAAUCCAUCUACUGGGAGAAGAUCGUGGCCCAGUACUGGAGGUGAUCGUUUCCCGGACAAAUUUUAUCGCUUCGCACACCGAACGUACGCUGCGGAUAGUGGGAUUAUCGACGGCUCUUGCCAACGCUCGAGAUCUAGCAAACUGGUUGGGCAUCGGAAUGAUGGGUCUGUACAACUUCAAGCCAUCCGUUCGACCGGUUCCGCUGUCUGUUCAUAUACAAGGAUUCCCUGGGAAGCACUACUGCCCUCGAAUGGCCACUAUGAACCGACCCGCUUUCCAAGCGAUUCGCCAAUAUUCACCUUGCACCCCUGCCUUGAUUUUCGUGGCAUCGCGCAAACAAACACGCAUUACGGCGUUGGAUUUGAUAGCCUUUCUGGCCGGGGAGGAUAAUCCAAAGCAAUUUUUGCGCAUACCAGAACAGGAAAUGGAUCAGAUUUUGAUGAAUAUUAAGGAUAAUAAUCUUAAGCUGACGCUUGCGUUCGGUAUUGGUAUCCAUCAUGCCGGUCUACAGGAGCGUGACCGUAAAACAGCCGAAGAAUUGUUCCUUCAUCGGAAGAUUCAGGUGUUGAUCGCAACGGCCACUUUGGCAUGGGGCGUGAAUCUGCCGGCACAUUUGGUGAUCAUCAAAGGAACAGAGUUUUUCGACGGGAAGUUGAAGCGGUAUGUAGAUAUGCCUAUUACAGAUGUGCUACAAAUGAUGGGACGUGCCGGUAGACCGCAGUUUGGCAACGAAGGAAUCGCGUGCGUUUUUGUACACGAUGUGAAAAAGAACUUCUAUAAAAAAUUCCUGUAUGAUCCGUUCCCAGUAGAGUCCAGUUUGCUAGAGGUCUUACCGGACCACGUGAAUGCGGAGAUCGUAGCUGGGACCGUACAAACUAAGCAGGGUGUGUUGGACUAUCUGACGUGGACAUAUUUUUUCCGACGAUUGUUACGUAAUCCGGCUUACUACAAACUGGAAGACAUUGAGCAGGCUCAAGUCAAUUAUUUCUUAUCUUCCUUGGUGCAAAACGUACUAGAUACUUUGUUGAGAGCGGGGUGUUUGGAGAUUGCAGAUGACGAUCGCGGGUUGAAUCCGACUUCGAUGGGCAGGAUAUCAUCGUACUAUUACAUGUCGCAUCAGAGUAUGAGGCACUUUGCAGAUCGACUAAGUCACGAUAUGAACUUCGAGGAUCUGUUACGAGCCAUGGUGGAUGCUUGGGAAUUCGAACAGCAACCAGUGCGGCACCACGAGGAUGUGUACAAUACCGAUCUUUCCAAGUUGUGUAGAUUGAAAAUCGAUCCUCUUUCGGUGGAUAAUCCGCACACCAAGGUUUUCCUACUGAUGCAGGCCCAUAUGUCUCGACUGCCUCUUCCUAACUCUGACUAUGGAACAGAUACGAAAUCUGUUCUGGAUCAGUCCAUACGAAUCAUUCAAGCAAUGAUAGAUAUCACCGCGGAACGAGGAUGGCUUGUUAGUACCCUACGCAUUCAGCAACUGAUGCAAUGCAUUGUUCAAGCACGUUGGAUUGACGAUCCAGUGGUUAUGUGCCUGCCAAACGUUGAGUCACACAAUGUCCACGUCUUCAAACAUGUGAAGCUGGACCAUCCAUUCCUAACACUUCCAGCACUCAAGGAAAGGUGUCAUCGAAAGUACGAAAAUCUGGCCGGACCACUACGACAAGAGUUCGAGGAACCUGAAAUUGAGCAAAUUUACAAAGUCCUGUGCUCCCUUCCUUCAAUAAAUGUGCAGCUCUCGAUCCGAGGGCCUCAUAAAGAUGAUUUGAACGCGGAUCGCUCGGUGAAUCAACCACAGACACGCGAAACCUGGAUGGAAAUCUAUGCGGGUCAGGAGUAUGUUUUGAACGUGCAAAUGAUACGAUUGGGCAGUUUCGAAACUUUAAACAUCCAUUGCCCAAAGUUUCCUAAGGGUAAGGAUGAAGGUUGGUUCCUGACACUUGGCCACCAAGCCGAUGCCGAACUAAUAGCUAUGAAACGUUGCACCUACCGUAGCAAUAAGAGUUCCCAUCAGUUGUGUUUCCACGCACCAUGCCGAUUAGGACGCUGCAUAUACACGGUGUAUCUGAUGUCGGACGGCUACAUCGGCCUAGAUCAACAAUAUGACAUUCAUCUGGUCGUUGUGGAACCCCCAAAGAUGAUCAAUGAAUUGAAUGAAGUGGACGAUUGUGACUAUUUUCGACUACAGAAGCUGUGAACAAUUCCACGUGAGCGUCUUAUGGUGAAUACAAAUAGGCUAUUUUCAAAAGGAUUGCUGGAAAUGCUGCCCAUCAAAAUAUGCAGUGAUUGGAAGCAUUAAAAUCAGGUAAAGUUGUUUUUAUGUGAUUCGUUCAUCACCAGCAUAUUGUAUUCCUGUGCUACGUACUACUAGAAGUGGUAUUUGAUAGAUUUGUUUUGUUUAUAAAUAUAAAGUAUUUAUUGCUGGAUAUAGAA